AUGACGCGCAAGUUCUUCGUCGGUGGAAACUGGAAGAUGAAUGGAGACAAGAAGUCAAUUGACGGGAUCUGUAUGUUCCUCAACCAAAGUGCAGGAGUUUCCGAUGUCGAUGUUAUCGUCGCCCCUCCAGCACCCUAUCUUACAUAUGUGAAAGAUCAAAUAAAGAACUCUGUCAAAGUUUCUGCGCAGAAUUGUUACAAGGUAGCUAAGGGUGCUUUUACCGGUGAAAUCUCGCCGGAAAUGCUCAAAGACUUGGGUAUUGAAUGGGUGAUUCUCGGUCACUCCGAGAGACGCCACAUCUUUGGCGAAUCUGAUGAGCUCAUCGCCGAGAAGACUGUGCAUGCUCUCGAGACUAAAGUCAAUGUUAUCUUUUGCGUAGGAGAAAAGCUCGAGGAGAGGGAAGCAGGAAAGACGAAAGAGGUAAACUUCCGCCAAAUGCAAGCUUUAGUGGACAAGAAGGUUGACUGGACAAACAUCGUUAUUGCCUAUGAGCCUGUGUGGGCUAUUGGUACUGGCAAGACCGCAACUCCUGAACAGGCACAAGAGGUUCAUCUUUGGAUUCGUGAAUUUUUGAAAGACAAGGUCUCUGCUGAUGUCGCACAAAACACUCGUAUCAUUUAUGGAGGAUCAGUAACCGCGGGCAACUGCGUAGAAUUAGGAAAGAAGCCUGACAUUGAUGGAUUCCUCGUAGGAGGUGCAUCUCUGAAACCCGAUUUCAUCAAGAUCGUCAAUGCUCGCAAGUGA